AGAACGGGUUUCUCAGGUCCGAUCGUCCUCAGACCAGACUUCAGUCCCUCGCCUCGUUUCCAAGUGUGUGCGAGUUGACGUUACAGUGCUGGUGGUGUUUCUGGUGGUACCGAGGGGGUUGUUGAACGUCCGGAAGUCUGUCCGUGCGAAUACCCAAGCGUCGCAUGAUUUGAAACGAGGAACAACAAGUGGAUCUUAGGAUGUGGAAAGAAAAGUGGUGGUUGACGCUGGUGGCAUCGGUGGCCGUCGUACUCGUAAUCAGUCUCCAGGAAACGUCAGCCGGUUGCAACGAAGCUGUCUGCGGCAGCGUGGUCAGCAAAUGUCUAUUGACGCAGUCCUGCAAGUGCGAUCGCAAAGAAAACGGGUGUCCUUGCUGCAAGGAUUGCUACAAUUGCCUCGGUUUUCUUUGGACAGAAUGCUGUUCCUGCGUCGAAAUGUGUAAUUUGACGUCGACAACGACGUACACGCGACAGUCGUACGUUGGUAAGUACGACUCGCCGAUUCCAAGUUUGUUUGAUGCACUAACCGAAUCACCUGAUGAACUCGACCGGUGGAGCGCAAUAAAAUUUCCUUUCGACAUGGACUAUUCGCAGCUCACGAACGUCAAACACGAUAUGAAAAUAGCAAUGAUCAGUGAAGAACAAAACACGAUUUCCGUGAAAAGCAAGACGAUUGUAACCGCAAACUGUACAGUAGCAUAUUGGGCACAGUGUAUGAGCCAAUCAAAAUGUGAACAAAGUUGUGCUACAAUGGGAGCCAGUCAGGUGAGAUGGUUUCAUGACGGAUGCUGCGAAUGCGUAGGAGAGUAUUGUAUAAAUUACGGAAUCGAUGAUAGCAGGUGUAGCAAGUGUCCUAUAAAAGAAGAUCAAUUAGUUGAGGAAGAUCAGAUGGAUUUCGGGGAAGAUGAAGAGGACUAGUGCUGAAAUUUAUAACACGUAUCUUUUCUCAAUAUUAUUUUGAAUAUUGAAGUGAAAGGGCGUAUUUAAAAUUUGAAGAAUCUCUCAAGCGUUUGUAAUGAACACUGCAAGAUCUGAUUCUGGCAACGCAUACGUAUAUCCUGAGAAUAUUUAAACGACUAAUACUUAUUCAAAAUUGGAUGGCUAUGAAUUUGAUAACAUACCAGCAUGUACAAAAUUAAUACAGUUCAUAGUUUUUAAGAUUAAUUAUUAAUAUUUAUAAUUAUAAGGUUUUUAAUUAUAGUUGUACAGAAAUAA